GACUUUUCUAGCUCGCCUCCUUCACUUUUUGCCCUCUGGGACGCCGUGUCUACUGCGUCCAUCAUGGAGAGUCUGGAAAAGCAGCUCAUCUGUCCCAUUUGUCUGGAGAUGUUCUCCAAACCGGUGGUCAUCUUACCAUGUCAACACAACCUCUGUCGCAAGUGUGCCAACGACAUCUUCCAGGCAUCCAACCCCUACCUGUCAACCAGAGGUAGCUCCACCUUAUCUUCAGGAGGUCGCUUUCGCUGCCCGUCCUGCCGCCAUGAGGUUGUUCUGGAUCGCCACGGAGUGUAUGGACUGCAAAGGAACCUUCUGGUGGAGAACAUCAUUGACAUGUAUAAACAAGGAACCAGCAGCAAAGUGACACUACCGGCAAUAGAAAGAGUGGAGCAUCCCACUUGCGAUCAGCAUGAGAAUGAGAAGAUCAACAUCUACUGCGUGAGCUGCGCCACCCCCACGUGUUCCUUGUGCAAGGUGUUCGGAGCUCACAAAGAUUGCGACGUGGCGCCUCUCGAAGAUGUCUUCGCCAAGAAGAAGGCCGAGCUGAGCGAGUGCAUCGCAAUGCUGGUGGGCGCCAACGAGAGGAUUCAAGCCGUCAUCGCUCAGGUGGAGGAGACGUGCAUAGUUGUGGACGACAACGGUCGCAGACAAAAAUCGGAGGUUUGCGAGUCAUUCGACCACCUCUUCGCCGUCCUGGAGGAACGAAAAAGUCAAAUGAGCGUACGAAUUAACACCGAGCAGGAGGAGAAGAUGGACUACAUCAGGGGCCUGAAGAGAAAGUACAACGAACACCUGGAAAAUACCAUCAAGCUUGUGGAGAACGGCAUCCAGACCAUGGACGAGUCUGAGAUGGCUGUCUUUCUGCAGGCUGCCAAGCCGCUGCUGCACAAGAUCACGGCAGGCUGUGACAUUUCUCACCUGGACAAAGUGCAGCCUGGAUACGAGAAGAUGGAGCACUUGACCGCUAACUUUGAGCGUCAGAGGAGGGCGCUGAUGAGCUUGGGCUUCCUGAAGCCAGGCGAGGAGGAGGAUGGCAAUAAAGAGAAUAAAGCCGUGGAAGUCAGAAGGUCAAAAUUGGGCGGAGUGUCAGGACUUGCAGCCAAUCAUCAAUCCGCUCCUUCACAGUCACACAUUGUUGGACCCUUAAUGGCCCCGCAACCUCCAACCUUACAGGCCAAAGUUCCUCCUACGGACAGCCAGGCUCCGCCCUCUUCCGCCACACCUAUUGCUCCCACCUUCACACAGGCUUCAGGUGAUCUUCAGAACACCGUAGAUGACACAGACGACGCAAACAAACAUGUCUUCUCCUUCAGCUGGCUCAACCACAAGUGACUUCCUGCUACUCUUCAUCUUACUCUUUCUCAUCUUCUUACUCCCAUUUACUUUUCCCUCAUCAUCCUACUUUUCAUGCUCUUCAUUCUCCUCUUCCUCAUCUUACUCCUCCUCUUCCUACUCCUCAUCCUACUCGUCGUUUAUUUUCUUACUUAUGUUCAUGAAAUUUUUCUAAUUUUAUGUCAAAACAAUACACAUUUGUGUGUUCUCUUGUUUUAGCGUAUUGCAACAACAGACACCAGGUUGGAAUCAGACGAUUGGACGUAAAAACAGACUGUAUUAAUAUUUCACUCAAUGUGAAUGGAAGUGGACUUGCGGGCGAGACAAGAUGUAAUUCCAAGGUUUUAUUUUGAAAAGUGAUGCCAGCGGCUGCAGUGUGAUUGUGUACCAAAUUUAGCAUACAGUAAAUCCGAUAACAAGUAAAUACUUAUACUGAUACUAAUACAGAUACUUCCAUCCAUCCAUCCAUCUUCUUCCGCGGGUCGCGGGGACAGCAGCCUAAGCAGGGAAGCCCAGACUUCCCUCUCCCCAGCUACUUCGUAGUCUCUUCAUCGUGUCCUGGGUCUUCCCUGUGGUCUCCUAACAGUGGGAUGCGCCCUAAACACCUUGGCAGGUGUUUAGGCAAGUUCUCACCCUAUCUCUAAGGGAGAGCCCCGCCCCCUGACGAAGGAAACUAAUUUUGGCCGCUUGUACCCGUAAUCUUGUCCUUUCCGUCAUAAACCAAAACUUAUGACCAAAGGGGAGGGUAGGGACGUAGAUCGACCGGUAAAUUGAGAGCUUUGCCUUUAACCUUAGCUCCUUCUUCCCCACGACGGACCGAUACAGGGUCUGCAUCGCUGUAGACGCUGCACCAAUCCACCUGUCGAUCUCACGAUCUACUCUUCCUUCAAGAACAAGACUCCGAGGUACUUGAACUCCUACUUGGGGCAGGAUCGCCUCCUCCACCCGGAGAUGGUACUACACUCUUUUCCGGGUGAGAACCAUAGACUUGGACGUAGAAGUUCUGAUUCUCAUCCCAGUUCCUUCACACCCAGCUGCGAACAGAUCCAGUGAGAGCUGAAGAUCCUGGUCAGAUGAAGCCAGCAGAACCACAUCAUCUGGAAAAAGCAGAGACAUAAUCCUGCAGCCACCAAACCUAAUCUCCUCAACACCCCGAUUGCGAUUAGUAAUUCUGUCAAUAAAAGUUGUAAACAGAGGGGGAAAAGUGCACCUCUGGCAGAAUCCAACCCUCACCGGAAAUGGGUCCGACCUACUGCCAGCAAUGACACUUACCAUACUGGGAGAGGACUGCCACAAUCAGGCGGUCUGAUACCCCAUACUCUCUGAGCUCUCUCCACAGGACUUCCCGAGAGACACGGUCAAAUGCCUUCUCCAAGUCCACAAAACACAUGUAGACUGGUUGGGCAAACUUCCAUGCCCGCUCAAGGAUCCUGCCGAGAGUAUACAGUUAGUCCAGAGUUCCACGACCUGGACAAAAACCACACUGCUCCUCCUGAACCUGAGGUUCAACUAUCCGACAUAGCCUCCUCUCAAUUACACCUGAAUAGACUUUACUGGGAAGGCUAAGGAGUGUGAUCCCAUGAUAAUUGGAACACAGCCUCUUUUUAAAUAGAGAAACCACCACCCACAUCUGCCAAUCCUGAGGCGCUGGACAGGAAUAAAAUUAAAAUAUAUAUAUAUAAAUAAAUACAUGAGACCCUUAAAUCCAAUGGUGAAACCACAACCACCCAACUGCAGCCUAAGGUGUCUUGGUGCCAAGUGCACAUAUGGAUAUCCUUAAGUCUGAACAUGGUGUUUGUCAUGGAUAAUCUGUCAUGAGCACAAAAGUCCAAUAACAAAACACUCUAUUUCAGAUCAGAGCGGCUGUUCGUCGAAAUGUUGUGAUUGUGCCUUUAAUUUCUUGAUUGUAUUAAAAAUGAAACAUAUUUUAUUUCUAUACAGAUACAUACAUUUCAAUUUUCAUUUUCAUUUCAUUCAUUUAAAAAAACAAACAAAAAAAAACGAAUGAAUGAAAAGGAGUGGAAAGAUGUAUAAACCUAUAACAUCUGCUCCCUAUUGACACAAAUACAACAUAUGUUGUUUAACUUAGAAGACACAUUUCCACUGCACAACAUACAACAAAACAAACAAACAAAAUUAAAACACAAUUCUACUCAACAUUAUAUGUUUGCAUCAUUUUGAUUUUUGCAUGUUUUUAUUUACAGAAAGAAAUUAACAUUGUUUUGCUUCAACAUCCAGUUUGUUUUAAUACCUUUGAUUGACAUGCUUCUUUCUAUUGUUUUUGUUCUAAAAUUAUUAUUUUUUUAAUUUUACUUUCUCUUUUUACAAAUUUGUUUUGGUUGUUAUAAUUUUUCUAUGUGCUUUAUACAUGAUUUUAGUAUAUUGUACUCUACCAGCUAUUCAAAUUUCAAAAAGUUAAACUCUUUGAAUAUUGGGUUUGUGCAGAGUUGCCUGUAUGCAUUUCCACUAUUGACUUUUACAGCUCUUUCCUGUAAAAGGAAGAUUGGAUUUAAAUAUGUUUUACAGGCGGGAGGUGGCGACUUGUCAGGGUUGUACCCUGCCUUCCACCCGAAUGUAGCUGGGAUAGGCUCCAGCACCCCUAAGAGGGACAAGCAGUAAAUAAUGGAUGGAAGGAUGUUUUACAGGCUCUACCCCACACUUCAACCCAAUCUGUCAGAUAUGAAACAAUCACUGAAAUAUACAAACUAUACAAUGCUUUUUAAUUUAGCAAUUCCUUCAUCUAGUGUAAAAUAGAAAAAGAUUAAAAUAUUUUUACUUAUAUGACCCAUUUUCGUCAGUCAUAACACCCAAAAACGUAAUAUCUUUUGUUCCUUGACUCUCAAUUCCAGGAUAAAGUUAUUUUGACUGAAUAUAAAACACACUUAAACCAUUUUUGAAACCAUAGAACCAAUAUUUUUGCAAUUUCUCCAAUAAUACGUUAUGAUCAAGCGUAUAAAACGCUUUUUGAAGAUCUACAAAAGUACUAGCUAUCUAUUGCUGUUGAAAUUUCCUCUGCCAAAUCAAUUAUUGCUGUUGUAGUGGAGUGACUAUGUAUGCAGAUACCAUUGUAAUUUUGCCUCAUCCUUCACUUUAAGCGUGAGUAAAGAAUGUGUGAAGAAUGCACUACCGACCUGACAAGUCCGAAAGGGAAAGGGUUAAUACAAUAUUAUCUGCUCACAUAUGUUGCCUGGUGGUUGUUUGAGCACACUGCAGCUAGUCCUGGAUCGUCCCAUUCGUUAAUGUAUCAGUACCAUGCAAGAUUAUCACAGUUAUGAGGCAAAAAUACAUUAGCACUUACUGAAACAGCAACAAUUUCUCUAAGAUCUCUGAGAACUGUGGAAGCAGUGAUAUUCGUCAGUAAUUCGAGUACCUGCUUGUUUCCACCUUUGUAAAGUGCAAUUAUUUUGGUUGUUUCCAUAUGAUUUGGGAAUACAUCUUUCAUUAAUGACAAAUUACAAAUCUAUGAUGCUCUUUAUGAAUAACAUGUUCAUGUCUACAUAGUCGCUUGAAGUGUUAUUUGGACACUGCUGCAAAAUUAUUUAUAUUUCAAUAUUGUCCACUUCAUCAAGAAAAAUACUACCAACGUUAUACUUUAUACAAUUAUCAACAUUAACUUUUGGCACUUGUUUAGCCAAAGUAGGGCUGAUGUUUGCGACAAAAUUAUUAAAAUCAUUUCAUAUAUCAUUUUUGUUAUAUGCAUCUUCAUAAUCUUUGUUAAAAUAGCUUGAAAUUAUAAAUUUUUCUUUUCUAUUUUAGCACCAUGUUAAUUAUUUCCCAUGUGCCUUUUGUGUUAUCUAUAUUUUUGUCUAACAAGUGACUAUAGUAUUCCUUUUGAUGUCUUCACAUAAUUCAUAUCAAUUAGUUUUUAUUUUUUGUACCUCUCUUUUCAAUAUUUUGUCCUUGAUUUUAAAAAACAUUCUAUAUAAAAUAUUUUUUCGGACAAUGAUUUUUAUCCAAUUUGUCAUCCAUUGUGUGUUAAAUAACUUAUUUACCCAUCGCCUCCAAUUGUAAUUAUUUUACAGUUCAGAUCAUACAGACUAAUUAAUAUAUUAAUAAAUGAGUAUUCAUAUAAUCUUUUUACACUUCAUCGCAUGUGUUUCUUUAAGUCUUCUUUCAAAGCAUUUCAAAAUGCUUUUCCUGAUCUAUUUCUUAUGAAUAUCUCUUUUGAGUCUUGUAGUCAGGGCUUCACGGUGGCAGAGGGGUUAGUGCGUUUGCCUCACAAUACGAAGUUCCUGCAAUCCUGGGUUCAAAUCCAGGCUCGGGAUCUUUCUGUGUGGAGUUUGCAUGUUCUCCCCGUGAAUGCGUGGGUUCCCUCCGGGUACUCCGGCUUCCUCCCACUUCCAAAGACAUGCACCUGGGGAUAGGUUGAUUAGCAACACUAAAUUGGCCCUAGUGUGUGAAUGUGAGUGUGAAUGUUGUCUGUCUAUCCGUGUUGGCCCUGCGAUGAGGUGGCGACUUGUCCAGGGUGUACCCCGCCUUCCGCCCGAUUGUAGCUGAGAUAGGCGCCAGCGCCCCCCGCGACCCCGAAAGGGAAUAAGCGGUAGAAAAAAAAAAAAAAAUGGAGUCUUGUAGUCACUACAGUUAUAUAUUGGUUCUCAAUCAGAAAAUACAGGUAGAUAUUCACUCACAUCAGUCAUCAAAAUACCACCUACUAUUAUUCUUUCAUCAUUACUCAUAUUGGUAAAAUGUUGUCAAUAAUAGUUGCACAGUAUGUGCCGUAAUUCUGGUUAGUUUUAUUAUCAUAAGAAACAAUCUGGUGCAGUACAUACUGUUCAAAAACUCCUCUGAUGUUCAAAGUCUAAUAAAUCACCACAUAAAAACA